AUGCAAGAGCAGGUCCAACUGCGUCGGGAGGUCGUGCGCCUCAAGCGCGAGAUGAAUGCCAUCAGUGCCCAGGACGACUUUGCCCGGUGGGCUAAGAUUCGCCGCGAGCAUGAUAAGGCGCUGGAAGCGCAUGAUAGGAAAGCUGCGAACGUCUCAUCAACAAGAGGCUCCUUCGACACCAAAGCCGGCAUCGUACGGUGGCUGUCCACAACCGGACUGAGAUUUGCCCUUCAAUGGUGGCACGCAAAGACCCCUGUUUUCACAUACCCGCGCGGAUGGUUCCCGUGGUAUGUCGAGUGGGUUCUGGGCUUCCCUCGAUGUCCUUACGGCGGCGUUAGUAUCAAUGUCUGGAGCACGGCGUGCGGCACGGCGAUUGCACUGGUCUCCGAUGUCAUUGUCUAUAUUGUUCUCUACGUCCAGGAGUCCAAGAGUGGUGCGACGGUCAAACAGAAGGAGACGCACAGGGUCAAAGUGCCUGUCCCUGCUGGGAAGACUUGA